GCGCCGAAGCUCGUCACGCGCAUGCGCUCUGGUGGACGGCUAGCUUCGUUAGCUAGCUGGUUUGGAUCAUUUAACUUUGGAAGCGCCGACCUGCUUUGGACUACAACGUUUAUGUAACAGGAGCAGGACUUUAAUACGCUUAUUUGCGUCAUCAUGUUGCAGUUUCUGGCUGGCUUCACUUUGGGGAAUGUAGUGGGAAUGUAUCUUGCUCAAAAUUAUGAAGUACCCAACAUAGCCAAGAAAAUUGAAGCUUUUAAGAAGGACGUGGAGGCCAAGAAGAAGCCCCCAGAGUGAGCAAAGCUGGACUGUGCUUCAAAGAAGAGGAGACGUCUUCUGCAGAGAUUAUUUAUCCACAGGGUUUUGUUGGCUCAGGGGUAUCGGGGGUGUGCAUUCGCUACAGGAUUAUUUGACAUGAGUAAAAGCAUAAGCAGUUCCAGGAGCAGUAUUUAUUUCCCUUCUCUGUAAUAAAUCCUUGUUUCCCAUUGGAGUUUCCCCUCCUUGGGUGCAUUGCCUAGAAACUUGAUUUAACGAAUAAUGCAGCUAACUGAUGGGAUCACUUUAAAGUCUGAUUGGACUGGUCGCCUGUUCUUUUUUGUAUAACGAUAAUGUUUAAAGUGCAUUGAGAUGUACAGAAACAAAGCAUAAUUAAUCUACCUUCUGAAUUUUUAGUAACAACUGCCAAACGUUUUGCUACACCUUCACAAACAUUGUUCUCAAGCCUACAAUAAAGUUACAGAAAAUGA